AUGGCCACCCGCUCCGUGUCCGUUGCAGUCGAUCGUGAGCCUGGGUUGAUUGUUGUGUGUCGUUUACACUUGGUCUGCAAUUGUCUGGGCCAAUACCUUACACCCUCGGAGAUUCACACGCUAGAGGGGGCCGCCCGCUCAGUGUCCAUUGAUCGUGAUCCUCCGUUGAUUGUGGCUUGCGCUUUGCCCUUGGUCUGUGAAUUUCUGGGCCAAUACCUGACACCCUCGGAGAUUCACACGCUGGAAAGUGUGCACUGGUGGAUCAGUGCCGACUUGCGCUGGCACAUCCUCGCAAGCUCACCUGCUCAGAAGACUUACCUGUGCAUCCUCGCAGGGCAGGGUGAGAUGUGCUUUCUGCAGUUUUUGCUGCGCUCGAUCAUGCAGAGAGGUUUCCUCAACAAUCAAAGCGAUGGCAUCUUUGGUGGUGCCGGCCGUAAGCGUGAGUCCCCAGGUGCUUCGACUGGCAGCAGUGGCGCCACGGGCACCGCAGGGACUGACAGCAGCGGCCCAGUUGCUUCGACUGACAGCAGCGGCCCAGUUGCUUCGACUGACAGCAGCGGCCCAGCUGCUUCGACUUCGACUGGCAGCAGUGCCACCGGCCCCGUUUUGGGUGCCGCUGCAGGAUCCACUGCAGAUGACAGCAGCGUUUCGGGUGCCGACGCUGGAGGCGACGCUGGGCAAGGCGGCUUCGGGCCGUACAGCCAGGAGCAGGUCGAGCACUUCAAGCGGCAGCUCAAGCAUAUGGACAUGAUGGGUAUAGACGUCUAUGUGACGGACUUUGGUGCCAUUCUUGAUCGCGAUUCACUACGCCAGAUCAUUAAACGAUCUGGCUACUAG